CACGUGAGGUCAAAACUGGAGCGAGUUGAAAGAUGGGGCGAAACACUCGCCUGUGACGCCGCCGCCACCACCAUCAGGAAGCCCAUCAUCGUCUGUUAGGCGUGAGGAGGAGCCUAGAUCCAUUCAUCAGUCAUCAGUCACACCCAACAGCCCUGGAUCCGAUCUCUUCUCACACUCUUACGGCGCCCCAUCAACACUGCUUCCUUUCCAUGUCUUUGUAGCAAGCACAUUAUCGUGACUGACUUCUACUGUAUCGUGUCCCGCUGCUCCUACCUCCUCUAGGCGACAGCCUUGUUAUUGCAGCAGACCCAACAUCACUCUCGUGCUCCUCACUUGCAGCCCGUCGUCUCAUUGGAGACACGGCUGCCGUUACCACAAGCCACCACGACACCUCAAGUGAGGAAAAGAAAGGCCGAGGAGAGCGUCACCGACGCGUCGAGACAAUCCUCCACUAAACUCCGCAAAAGAUCCUUUGUCCAGCCGCAGGGCCCCUCAACCCCCAUAACGGAGCCCGGCUCGCCGUCUUCACGGGAGAUGGACUCCGAGGAUGAGUUCAUGUCCGACCCGCUGAGCGGCGAUGAGGUAGACUUUGAUGAAGGCACUCAAGACAGUGACAUCGGCAGUUUGGGCGGUGACUUUGAUCAGGAUGACGGCGGUUUCGGUUAUGAAAAGGACAUCGUUUCCAACCCACACAAGCCCUACGAAGUCGACCACAAGAUCCUCAGCCCUCAAGAUAUACAGGCUCAACAGGAACGCCAGUUUAAAGAAGUCUCUUCGAUUAUCGAACUGCCCCCCGAGCAAGCCGCCAUCCUUUUACGUUACAUGAGAUGGAAUAAGGAGAAGUUGAUCGAGUCAUACAUGGACGAUCCUGAACAAGUGCUCGAAGCGGCAGGCUUGGGUGCCACAUUCGCUCAGUCACCGAAGACCGAGGUUGUGAAGGGUUUCACGUGCGAGAUUUGCUAUGAAGACGACCCCACGAUGGAAACGUACGCUAUGAAAUGUGGACAUCGGUAUUGUGUCAGUUGUUAUUCGCACUACCUUACCCAGAAGGUCAAAGAAGAAGGGGAAGCAGCCCGCAUUGAGUGCCCAUUCGAUGGUUGUCACCGGAUCGUGGACUCCAAAUCGUUGAAAUUGUUGGUCGACAAGAGUGUGCAAGAUCGGUACGAAGUGCUUCUCACCAGAACUUACGUGGACGACAAGGAGAACCUAAAGUGGUGUCCGGCACCAGAAUGUGAAUAUGCGGUGGAGUGUUCAGUGAAGAAACGCGAUCUCAAUCGGAUUGUGCCAACGGUCCGAUGUGCAAAUGAUCAUAGUUUCUGUUUCGGCUGUACUCUGGCUGACCACCGACCUGCUCCUUGUGGCCUUGUCAAGAAGUGGUUGAAAAAGUGCGAGGAUGAUUCGGAAACCUCCAACUGGAUUUCAGCCAAUACGAAGGAAUGCCCCAGGUGCCAUUCGACCAUUGAAAAGAAUGGAGGCUGCAACCAUAUGACUUGUCGAAAAUGCAAACACGAGUUUUGUUGGAUGUGUAUGGGGCCUUGGUCGGAACACGGAACUAGUUGGUACAAGUGCAACCGAUUCGAAGAAAAGUCAGGGGCCGAUGCUCGAGAUGCGCAGGCUAGGUCCCGACACUCUCUGGAGAGGUACCUGCACUACUACAAUCGUUACGCCAACCACGAACAGUCUGCCAAGUUGGACAAAGACCUUUGGGCCAAGACAGAAAAGAAAAUGACCAGCCUCCAGACCCAGUCCAACAUGUCAUGGAUUGAGGUCCAAUUCCUCGAUACAGCUGCCAAGGCUCUGCAGGCUUGCCGGCAGACCCUCAAAUGGACGUACGCCUUUGCUUACUAUCUGGAGCGAAACAACAUGACCGAAAUCUUCGAAGACAACCAAAAAGAUCUGGAGAUGGCUGUUGAGAAUCUCAGUCAGAUGUUUGAGAAACCGGUGAAUGAACUUGGCAGCCUGAAGGUCGAGAUCCUCGACAAGACUACCUAUUGCAACCGGAGACGCGAGAUCCUGCUUAGUGAUACCGCAGAGAAUUUGAUGAAAGACCAGUGGAAGUUCAUUGUGGACUUAUGAUGAUUCACCGAGGAUUUAUUUUCGGCAAUGAUAUGAGACGCUCCGUGGCUCCCAUAUCCAGUACUAGGAGCGAGGCGUUCAUCCGCGGGCGGAGGACUUGGAUCACUGGGCGUCGGAUGAGAAUGGGUGUCUGGGAGUUUUUCGUACUUUAACUACUGGGAGCCAGCGGGCUCAAACAGGUGUCGAAGAUAGCCUGCGAUGGAGCGAUCGUGCAUAGACGUUACAUGAUAUGAGAGUAUUAUGAACAUACCUUACACAUUGAUUUAUGGUUACAACCAUUCCGAAGAACACAGCCACCGCAUUGGACCCGAAACAAAAAGUGAUCUUAUCUUCAUCGUACGUCUACCAUUUUCUGGCCAGGGCUGUCCGCGUGGAUACUAUCAGUUAUACGGACGAAACGAUAGGGAGGGUCAGGAUGAGGAUUUUGGUAGGAGUGGCCGUCGGCCGGAAGACGAGGAAAUAGAGAUGCUCCAUUCAG